UAUUGUUAAUGCUAAGUUAAAUAGUAGAUAUAAAUCAAGAAUGAUAUUAAUUAGUGGAUUAAGUAUUUACAUGGUGUUUGUGUAGACUAACAUUUAAAAUUUUAUUAUUGCGAAUAAUAAUAAAAACACAAGUGUAGAGAAAUGAAUCGCAGUUUCUUUAAUUUAAGACAGAUAGUGGAAAUACAAAUGUAAUCUUUCAGAUAACAGCAGCAGAAUUUAUUGUUUGGAUGUUUUGUGCGUAUUGGCUACUAUGAAAGGAUGUUCCCGCAUCGCAGAAUGCCUUCCCAUGUGACAGUACUCUACAUUUACAGUGUUGUCAGCCUUCUAGCUUUGUUUCAUGCAGCAUUAGUAGUUGCAGAAGUUGAUGUAAUUUCUUCUGGAAAUGUGACUGUUCAGCAAAUCAUUGACUAUGAGUUGAGCAUUGGAGCUCAUGUACCUGAUGGAGGCAUGAAGGGCCGCAUCACAACAGCCAGGCCUUUAGAUGCUUGUGAAUAUAUAUCAAAACCUCCUUAUCCUUCCAAUUCUAGCUUGAAAUGGUUUGUUCUUAUUGAGAGAGCAUCAUGUUCUAUGCAACGACAGGUUCUUAUAGCUGAGAGUGCAGGUUAUGAUGCUGCCAUAAUUUACAAUAAAGGAAUCAACAGUCUACAGCCCUUCAGCUCAAGAGGUCAACUCUCCUUGGGUGGGUCCUACCAGAAUCUUCUUCUUCUUUCUGCUCUUCAUUCUUCUUUAUCUUCUCAAUCAGCAUCUGAAAUUACCAUUCCAGCUGUUUUGAUUGGGGAACGAGAUGGUAAUGAUAUAAAAAAUCAUUUUUUGUUUGAUAAAGGUUACAUACUAAUUCUGUAUCCAGAUCAGGUCUUUAACCUCAAUACAUAUUUGCUUCCCUUUGCUCUUGUAAUUGGUGUCUGCUUUAUCCUCAUGUUAACAUUUAUGGUAAUCAAAUGCAUUAAAGAUAAUAGACAAAGACAAAGGAAUAAAUUAUCAUCAAAGCAUCUGAAGCAGCUUCCUGUUAAUAAGUUUAAAAAAGGUGACCCGUAUGAUGUAUGUGCUAUUUGCCUAGAAGAUUAUACAGAAGGAGAGAAAUUAAGAAUGUUGCCAUGCUCCCAUGUCUACCACACAAAGUGCAUUGAUCCCUGGCUAACCAACAACCGUCGAACCUGCCCAGUGUGUAAGCGUAAAGUUAUCUUGGAAGGUCAUCAAUCAGAAACUGAUAGUGACUCAGAUCAGGAAUCAACAGGAGAGACCACCCCUUUAUUGCGCACUCCAAACAGACGAAGCAAUACCGUAAGUGUGGGAGGCACCUUCUUUAAUAUCAUAACAGCUUCUGUACACACUAGGCCAAGACCAACUCAUAAUGAAGAAACCACACAGACCACACCUGUUCCUCCAGAAGUGACACAAGAUCAUCCAGGUACUUUCCAGACUACCCAAGCAGAGCUGCAUCAUUCCAUAGAAGAUAGAGGGGUUUCAGAUGUUGUAAUGGAACCAGCCACACUUCAUUCUGUCAAUGGAGAUGAACCAGAGCAUCCAACUAUUGGAGAUCAUGUUGUACUGCAAAACACAGGAGCAGAAUCUAGUCAACAGCUUGAGCAGGUGGUGUGAAUGCAUUACCUUGGUUGAGAGGACCUGGUAAUUAUGUUUAACCUAAAUAUUGGAAGGGUAUUUGGCUUCUUUGCUGUUUCUUGUGUGGAUUGUUAAAAGGAUAAUAUUACAAUAAGUUCAACUAUACUCAAGAGGGAUUUAAAAAAAAAAAGGUAUAAGCUGUGUGGUAUUCAAUGAAGAACUGACUGUGUGGGAUUGCAGUACUAUGCUUCAAAUAUCUAAAUGUUUUGUAGUCCUUAUAAGUACAUACAUCUUGUGGUUUUCUUUAAAGUGAUGCUAUGAAAUAUAUAUAUAUACACAUAUAUAUAGAUAGAUAUAAAUCCCCUCACCUCAAUUUUGUGUAUAUGUUAAUAAAUUUAAGGAGUCAAACAAAUUUUUAUAGUUCUGUGUAACCACAAAGUUAUAUAUAUGCUGUUUAACAAGAUACAAUUAUCUUACUGGAAAACAGCUGUUGAAAGUGACAAAAUUGGAAGUACACAUGUUGUAUAUUUAUGGAAUUAUAUCAGCUUUUUUGUAUUGUUUUUUUGUAUUUGGAAUAAAUUCACUAGGAAGAUUGUUUAAACAAAGUAUUGUAUUUACAGCUAGUUUUUUGUAAUUGUAUUCUUGUACAUAAAUAAAUGUAAACUAAAUAUGGUAAAUGAAAGUGCUUGAGAAAAAACUGGAUAUAAUUAUAAGCAUUACAAUGUUAAAAGUUGACAAUAAUUUAUUAAAAAGGACACCAGAUUCAUUAGAUAUUCUUACGUAUUUCAGUUGUCUGUAGUACCUCUUUAUCAUCAUAAGUCUUGAGUUAACAGUGAGAGAGAGAGAGAGAGAAGCUCAUAUACCUCCACACAGAUGUAGAAACAAUUCAGCAUAAAUUAUCAUACUGUAAAUUAUUGAGCACUUUUAACAUUGUGAUGGUUUUAGUUUGUUUAAAUGUAAACUAACUGAAAGACAUGAUUUUACUUUUAUCAUUGGAGUGAUAGUUGAAUAUGUGGACCUUGUACUACCUUGAAGUUAGCUGUGACUUGGCUAUGUAUAAGGAAGCACAGAGUUUCAUCUUUGUUAAGAAAAAAAUAUUUCUAGCACUACUGUCAAAUUUCAUUUGUACAUGUACAAAAAAUAUUUGUAUAAAAUUUAUUAUCAAUUUUAUGUUUAUGACACAUGAAAUCACAGAAUGGCUUUUCACUAUUGGAUGUCUUUAGAGGAUGUUACUUAGAUUUUAUAAAAAUACUAUACUUUCCCAAGUUGUAUUAAUAGCAGGGGAAAGGACUAAAAAACAAAUUUGUAUUUUGUAUAAGAAAUAUUUUUUCUUUUUCAAGUUUUACUAAUGGUACAUCUCGUAAUCAAAUUUUUAUAGAGCUGGUUACAGUUUAGACAUUGUGAUCUCAAGUUCCACCCUAGUAACUUGUUUUUUGAUUUGGUUUGUUGCUGAUGUUUUACUCUGCAUAUCUAUUAUCUAUAAUUUGCUGAAGCAGGAUUGCUAAUGCAACCUUCAAAUGAACUUGUACUUCUUUCAAAAUAAAGCAUUAUUGUAUUUUUA